AUGCCCACCCCUUCUCUCCUGCAUUCGCCCACUUCUCGGGAGUAUACCGGACGGACUAUAAGGCAGGACAAUCCGUACUCCCAAUUUUAUGUUCCAAUAUUGGAAUACGUUUAUAGCGCGAACGAGGGGUUCAAAGGCAACUGCUUCUUGCAGCUGACGAGCAAAGGCUUGCUGGAGGACGUCCGUCAUCAACUCGAAGAGGAGUAG